CCGUCGGUCCCACUAUUUGCCCCGGCUCCUCCCUCGUCGCUUGGUUACGGCGUCGCUUCCGUCCCUGGGGACCGACCGACAUGGCGGCGGCCACCACAGCGUUCUCCUUUUCCUUCGCCUCCUCCUCCUCGGCGUUGCUGCGCCCGGGCUUGGCGCCGCUGAGGCGUUGGCGAGCCCUCACCGGUCCGGCGCCGCGGGCCGCCUGCAGCGCCAGCAGCUCCCCCUGCAGUGCCGACAGUGAUGAAGCAACAGUUCUCUCAGGGACAAAGCUUGCCAACCAAGUGUUGCAAGAAGUUCAAAGGGAUGUAGAAUCGUGGGUAUCUGCUGGGAACAAGAGACCUCAUCUCACUGUCCUAUUGGUAGGAGACAAUCCAGCCAGUCAUAUCUAUGUCAGGAACAAGAUAAAAGCAGCUGCAGCUGUGGGCAUUUCUAGUGAGAUCAUUGUGAGGCCUAAAGACAUUUCUGAGGAAGAGCUCUUGGAUCUGACAGUGCAACUCAACAAGGAUUCGAGAGUUAGUGGUUUGUUAGUUCAGCUUCCUCUGCCCGAUCACAUAGAUGAACGGAGAGUUUGCAACGCCAUCGCCCCGGAGAAGGAUGUGGAUGGAUUUCAUAUCAUGAAUAUUGGACGUCUGUGUCUUGAUCAGCCUUCCAUAAUUCCUGCCACUGCUGCUGCCGUGUGGGAAAUCAUAAAACGGACAGGAAUACUCACAUUUGGAAAAAAUGUUGUUGUAGCUGGAAGAUCUAAGAAUGUUGGAAUGCCUAUCUCGAUGCUGUUACAUACUGAUGGAGAGCACGAAAGGCCUGGAGGUGAUGCCACAGUGACCAUUACUCACAGAUACACCCCAAAAGAGCAGCUCAAGAUCCAUACACAGCUCGCUGACAUAGUAAUAGUAGCUGCAGGUGUCCCAAAGCUGAUUACUACUGAUAUGGUCAAAGAAGGUGCAGCUGUGAUUGAUGUAGGCAUCAACCAUAUCCAUGAUCCUCUUACAGGAAAAACCAAAUUAGUUGGGGAUGUGGACUUUGAAGCAAUGGGGGCACUGAGUGAAGAGUCAGCUAUUACUGCUUCAUCCCUCAGCACAGACUUAUGGAAUAAUUGGACAAAAAACAACGCUGAAGUGGAUUACACAGAGCAGCCAAAGCUCUUGAAGCUCAUGCAGACCUGCCUUGAGGAACACCACAGCUAUUGUAUCAAUGGGCUCUGUGCCUUCCACAGCGAGCUGAGGAAACCCAUAUGCAAGUGCCUUGCAGGUUAUAAUGGAGAAAGGUGUGAACAUUUAACACUAAAUUCAUAUGCACAUGAUUCUUACGAGCGCUACAUAGCUGUGGGAAUUGGUGUAGGAAUACUGACCAGUGGAAUACUUGCCAUCAUCUACUGCUACGUAAGAAAGAGAUGCAGGAAAUUGAAAUCCCCCUACAAAGUCUGCGUGGGCGAGACGGCGCUGUGAAGGUCUGGCACUGGGACACUCACCAGUUUGCCUGCAAAGGAGGGGAGGGUCUGCUGGGAAGGCCCCCCUGCACCAUCCGACAGGUGCCCCAGCCUCGCGGAGGAGAUGAACUCGAGGGAAUGGCAGAGCAGGAUGUGAAGGGAACUCCUGCAGAACUGACAGGCUCCGUUUAGUGUUGAAGAAAGACCUCCUCUCCUUGGUAAAGGUGGCUCAUGCUCAGGUCCAAACAGCUGAGGGCACUGGCAGGCCUCUUGACACUCUCCUGUGGUUGGUGUUUGCCAAGGGGAGGACCUGGUUGGUUUUAGCUGUUUUCAGUCAUUUCAAGCCCUAGAACAGUGUUCUGCUUUGGUCUUUUUUGUGUUUUGUUUUGGUUUUUUGUUUGUUUUUUCUUCUUUUUUCUCCUGGAGGAAAAGCACCACCUCUCUCACAGUGGAGCUGUAUUCUGGACAUCAGGCACUGACCAGAAAACAUUUGGAUUCUGAUUUUGGUGUCUGCUGGCUGUGUGUAUGGAUAAACAUCCCUCUUCCAACCCAGCUGUUACCUCUUGUGUAAUGGGCCAAGUACAGGCUUCUGCUGCCAUAAAGGAUAAAACCAAAAUGCUUUGGACUGAGGACAAUGACUGGUUUGCAAAAACUUUCUUAAACUUAGGAAUAGAGACUAAGCAAUUCCUGGAAAAUUAGAUCAUGACACCUCUGGGCAUGGCAUGCUCUUAUUGUUUUCAUGAGCAAAGGAACCAGGCAUCUUUCUCAAAAUGGAUUAUGGAGUGUGCUUCUGACAAAGAACCUUUCUCAUCCCAAACAUCAUCCAGCAGCUCCUCAGAUCCACGGAACUUCAGGCAGAACAUUGCCUUGCUGCACCCCGAUUUCUGCACAAGACUUCAAUUUCUAGAGAAGCUGGAAUUUUUCCUAAAACUUCAGUACACAGGAAACAGACUCUACUCCAUUCUCACAUUAUCAGCACAAUGUGACCACUCAAAUAAGAAAAAAAUUAUCUUGGGGAUUUGGUUCUACCCUGGACAAACAGAUUACAUAUCGGAUGCUUGGCUCUCUUCAUCUCGUUUACAAAGAAUUGCAAAGGUACAGAGAUUUUGUUCAAAGAAAAGAGAAGAAAAUUGAUUCUGAAGAUGGUGGCACUAACUGGGACUUCUCAGUGACAGCUGGAGUGUUUGCCAGUGCUGACGAGACUGGAGAUGGCUCUCAGAGGUUUUCGUUUCAGCUGUUGUACGUUGUAGACUCACCUGCUGUGCUCAGUCAUCUUCCAGGGAAAGGCAGCUGGUACUUCGAGAUUUUGUGGGGUAAUAUCAGCUCCUAAAUUCAGGUGGCUUGCUGAAAGCGCAGUUUCUUUGUUAUGUGAAUUAAUUUUCACAGCAGGAGGCAUGUUGCUUGUUGAAAAAACUGUGUAUUUGUGAGACUAUGGUGACAAUUCUGAUAUGUGAAUGAAAGGUGGAGUUUGAAAGGGUUAGAAGUGCCUGUGGCACUCGA